AUGGAGCUUCACAAUUCCUCCCCGAAACCCUUAAAUGCCUCAUCACCGUCUGCAACCGGUGCACGAGAACCUAAGCUCCAUCUCCCCACCACCACUGAUCCUCCGGGACCGCAGAACCCGCCAAAACCGCUCGUAUGGCUGAUCUUCGGUGCGACAGGCCAUAUGGGCCGUUCCCUUGUCAAGACCGCAUUGUCCCGCGAUGACCUUGUCGCAGCUGUUGGCCGUACAUUCGAGAACAGCCCGGAGUACAUGAAGAAGCUCGAAGAAGAGCAUGAUAACUGCCUGGGACUUCUGUGCGAUGUUCGUGCUAGAGAGACCGUCAAACGUGUCAUCGAUCGCACAAUCGAGCGCUUCGGUCGCAUUGACAUCAUUGCCAACUGCGCCGGGUACGGUGUGAUCGGGGCCUGCGAGGAUCAAGACGAAUAUGACAUCCGCGACCAAUUUGAGACGAACUUCAUGGGUACGCUGAACAUGAUUCAGCUAUCGCUGCCGCAUUUCCGUGAGAGGAAAUCCGGUCGGUACCUGAUCUUCAGCUCAACAUCCGGCGCCUUGGGCGUUCCCGGAUUAGGGCCGUACUGCGCAUCAAAAUACGCCGUCGAAGGAUUGAUGGAAAGCAUGCUGUACGAAGUGGACAAUUUUAACAUUAAAACCACGCUCGUGGAGCCUGGACACAUGCGCCGUGAUGACAUUGGCGAUCUUGUGUCUGAUACUGCGAUGCUGGCUAGCCAGAAUGAAAACGACCUCGCGUCGCCGCUCCCCCUUUAUGGUCAUUUUUUUGUCAAGCCACCGAGUGAGCCAUACAACACGCCCACUGCGCCGGCGGCGCAUGCAAAACGCAUGCUAAUGUGGCUGGGCGAUAAGCAACCUGCCAGCGCCGUGAAAGCAGCCUAUCUGGUUUGGGAAUUGGGUCAUUGCUCCUAUCCGCCUCUCCGACUUAUUCUGGGCACAUAUGCCGUGGAGAGUAUUCGGGAUAGACUAAAGUGUAUCAUUGAAGAAAUCGAGGAUUGGAAAUACCUAAGCUUUCCCCAUGGUGACCAGCACCCUUCACCCGCCAAGGAUAAAAUGCCUACAAACGCACGAGAAAACGAAGCGGGAGAGACGGCGACGUGA